CACGGGGUUUUAGCGCCCACGUAUAUAAGCCACAAGCCGCCGCCUCCCUCCCUGCUUCGCCCUCCAUUUUCCAUCCCCUCACACGCCGCCGCCGCCGCCGCAGGAAGCCCGGCCCGCGACUCGCCAUGGCCCGGAUCAAGGUGCACGAGCUGCGGGGGAGGAACAAGGCGGAGCUGCAGGGGCAGCUCAAGGAGCUCAAGUCGGAGCUUUCCCUCCUCCGCGUCGCCAAGGUCACCGGCGGCGCCCCCAACAAGCUCUCCAAGAUCAAGGUGGUGCGGACCUCCAUCGCGCGUGUGCUCACCGUGAUCUCGCAGAAGCAGAAGGCGGCGCUUCGGGAGGCGUACAAGAAGAAGAAGCUGCUCCCCCUCGACCUCCGCCCCAAGAAGACCCGUGCCAUCCGCAGGCGCCUCACCAAGCACCAGCUCUCUUUGAAGACUGAGAGGGAGAAGAAGCGCGAGAAGUACUUCCCCAUGAGGAAGUAUGCUAUCAAGGCCUAGAUUAGUGAAAAUGAACAUGUUUUACCCUUAAGUUUUGCUCAGAAGUUACCAGGAUUUGAUGUAUCGCACACCUAUUGUCAUCCAAGUACAAUGAGCGUGAUGAAAAUGUGUACUCUUUGCUUCUUGAAAUCUGCUGGCCAUGUUUUGCAACACUUGAUCCUCCAAUCCGCUUGAUAGUUGAAUUAGUGUUUUCAU